AUGAAGCAUGCUUUCUGUCUAGCCGCUUCUAUUGAACGUCUCAAAACACCCGAACAGACACAGCAAGACGACGAAACGCCGUUGUUGUAUUAUAGACUGCAAAAUGGACGAAAUAGCAACAACAAUAUGGACGAAAUUUUCCAUGAGAGUGACGACCAGCCUGAAAACAAAAUGACGGGUCACGACAAGAUCCUUCUUGGGUUAAUGAUAGGUGUAGUGGUGAUGAUGGUGAUAACAUUUACUUUCAACGGUCUCAGUGGUCAAGGAGCUCCACCUUUGUACCUCAAUAGCACGGGAACCAUAUCAGCCAAGUAUGAAACCGGAAUAACUCCUGCUGGGUCGGGACCAACUCUGGAAAACCCAGUGCCCAAAAUAUUUCCUCACAAAGUUUAUGCGUUGAGCCAGCUUAGUGAUGCUGUUGAAGAGGGUUUCAGUACCACUGAAGAUAAGGAAAAUGCAGAUCCUAACUUUGAUGAUGAACACAGCGAACCAAUAAACUUUUGCUCCGGAGACAUGCUACAAAUUCACAUCUCUGUACAUCUCCACGACUAUGUUGGACAGUAUGGUAGUUCACGUCUCAGCAGACAAUGGCAUUCAAAGUGUCAGACAAAACCUGCCCCAACUGGUAUCUCAGUUCAGACUGAACAGACAGGCGCUAUUCUUACAACUGGAGAAACUCAAACUCGGAAUCCAGAGACAGAUGAGUUUGGCAUCCAGGUGAACCGGCCUUGUUUAACUGUGGAAGACAUGGAGACAGAUGAGGACUUCGCAUUUUACAUUGGGUUACCAACUAAAGGUGUCUUCAGAGUGCUCUUUGAAAGUAUUGAAGAGGUAAAAAUAAAACAAUACAACAUCAAAGUUAAAUGUGGAAGGCCGGAAAAAUUGAGAAUGAAUUUUUCAUGGUACUCAUAA